AUGGAGGAGUCCAUCCACGUUCCGUCUGAUGCUGUGGCUCCGGUAUGCGAGCACAUCGAAAUCUCCUUUGGAAGGGUCCUGGCCCCCUUGGAGACCCAGAUCCAGCAGAACGCACAGUUUCUGCCGGAUUUGCACUCGGACCUGCACUAUGUUGCUCUAGUCACGGGUUAUGCCAUCGUUAAGGUUUGUGGUGAAGACGAUAGUGAAGGAGAAGGGCUGAUUGGGCAGCACUCUGAGCCCCCUGCCGAUGAAGAGGUCGAGAAGCCAAGUGUGGAAGAGGAAGAGGAAGAGGAAGAGGAAGAAGAGCUGGACAAGCUGUUGGGCAUCGAACGACUAAGCGAUCUGAUCAGUGAACGCCCUCCACGGGAACCUGAGAGAACCUACAAUGAAAAGGACUUUGAAUAUCAUCGACACACAUCUCACCACAUUCACCACCCACUCUCAACCCGCUUGCCACACCAUAUGCGCUUCAGGAUGAAGGUCCCUCGCCCAGAGCGUAAGAAGAAGAGAAGGAGGAAAAAGAAAAAGACUUCAGUACCUCCAUCCGAGGUGACGCCCACCAUCCAGGAAGUGGAUGAGGAGGAGGAAGAGACCUCGGAGGUGGAGACCCAGAACAAAGAUCUGUCGGCGAACGAGGAGAUGCGUGACCCACCUAAGUGCUAUCUUGCUUCACCUGAAUUGACCGAGUCUCUCGUGAUUGAGCAGCAGAUCCUAGACUCUCCCCAGAAGCCAUCGGAAUUUUAUUCAGAAAAGGCGGAAAGCUUUCUAAAACCUUCCCUGGAUUCCCCAGACUCCUUCGUGAGAAGCCCUGACAAACGGAAGCCCCUGCACCGGAUCGCGAGUGGCCAGAGAGCACGUUACGAUCUGCGGGAACGAAUCUGCAUCGGGAGCAUGACUGCGCUAGGAGCCACCGUGUAUCAGAAAGUGCCAACAGAUGAUGCGGAGGCACAAAUGCUAGCCAGCGCUGACCUGGACUACAUGAAAAGCCAUCGAUUUGAGGACAACCCUGGAGUUCGUCGCCAUCUGGUCAAGAAACCGUCAAAAAGCCAAAUGAGUAAAGUUAGCAUCAAAAUCCCCCAAAGCAGCAUGAAAAAGACUCGGCUUGACAGAAAACCUCAUGAGGUUUUUGUGGAACUGAAUGAGUUGGUCAUGGGUAAGAACAAUGAGAUGAUGUGGCGGGAGACCGCUCGCUGGAUCAAGUUUGAGGAAGACGUGGUAUCGGAGACGUACAAGUGGGGCAAACCGCAUGUGGCGUCCCUCACAUUCCGCAGUCUGCUGGAGCUGAGAAAGACCAUUGCACAGGGGGCAGUGCUACUGGAUCUGGAACAGAAAACAUUACCUGGAAUAGCCCAACUGGUGGUGGAAAACAUGGUGAUCACUGAUCAGAUCAAACCGGAAGACAGAGCCACUGUAUUGAGAGCCCUUCUAGUCAAACACAGCCAUCCUAACGAUGAAAAGGAAGGGAUCUUUUUCCCUCGUAAUGUCUCUGGCUCCACCAAAGCCUCCACCCUGAGUGCUCACCAUCUCCACCAUGAGCACAAAAUGUCAAAGGACUCCUUCAUCACGGUGCCCCUAAUGGGGGAAGAACGUAUCGAGGUGCAAGACCCCAAGAAGUCAGAGCCAGAACCUCAGAAACAUCCAAAACCUCCAAUCAGCCGCAACAGUGAGAAGCACAAAAGGAAAGCAGAGCAGAGGCUCCUGGAGAAGAUUCCGGAAAACGCAGAAGCAACGGUGGUUCUCAUCGGGACUCUUGCCUUUCUGGAACAGCCCACCAUGGCGUUUGUACGUCUUAGUGAAGCGGUGUUCCUUGAAUCGGUUCUGGAAGUGACAGUCCCUGUGCGGUUCAUCUUUAUUCUACUUGGGCCAGUGCAGUCCAACAUGGACUACCAUGAGAUUGGGCGGAGCAUCUCCACCCUGAUGUCAGACAAGGAUUUCCAUGAGGCAGCGUAUGAGGCUGAUGAUCGACAGGACCUCUUAAAUGCCAUCAACGAGUUCCUGGACUGCAGCAUUGUCAUUCCACCUUUGGAGUUGGAAGGCAAAGAUCUCCUGAGAUCUGUUGCUGCAUUUCAGAAGGAGAUGCUGAGAAAGAGAAGACUGAGAGAGCAUAGAAAGUCACUGAGGAGGGAGGAAACCAAAUUCCAGAUUAAAGAUGUGUGCGAGGAGGUGAAGGAGGAAAGUGAAGAUGAUCCACUGAAGAGAACAAGAAUUCCAUUUGGGGGCUUGUUCCGGGAUAUCAAGCGGAGGUACCCCAAAUAUCUAAGCGACCUCCGGGAUGCUUUGGACUGUCAGUGUUUGGCCGCAAUCAUCUUUAUUUACUUUGCUGCAUUGUCACCUGCCAUCACCUUUGGAGGAUUACUUGGUGCCAAGACAGAAGGAUUGAUUGGGGUGUCGGAGUUAAUCAUCUCCACAUCAGCAACAGGCGUCGUCUUCUCUCUGUUGGGAGCUCAACCCCUCCUAGUGAUCGGUUUCACAGGCCCCCUGCUGGUGUUUGAAGAGGCGUUUUACAAGUUCAGCAAGACACAGAAAUUGGACUACCUCACGGGUCGGGUGUGGAUUGGCUUCUGGCUCACGAUCAUUGUGAUUGCUACGGUGGCCUUUGAGGGCAGUUUACUGGUACGCUACAUCUCGCCCUUCACGCAGGAGAUUUUUGCCUUCCUCAUCUCCAUCAUCUUCAUCUAUGAGACCUUCCACAAUCUUUAUGAAGUCUUUGAGGAAAACCCACUCCUGAAGACAUACCCACCUAUUUCUCAGCCGAAGUCCAAUAUUAGUGAGCAGCCUGUACCCACCACACAACAGAUGCAACCCAACACAGCCCUUCUGUCUCUUGUCAUGAUGGUUGGCACUUUCUUCAUUGCAUAUUUCAUGAGGAAAUUCCGGAAUAGCCGGUUCCUAGGAGGAAAAGCCCGACGCAUCAUUGGAGACUUUGGAAUUCCCAUUUCGAUCCUGGUGAUGGUAAUUGUGGACAUCGCAGUCACUGACACCUACACUGAGAAACUGAAUGUGCCCCUGGAAUUUUCUGUCACUUCUCCCAACAAGCGAGGCUGGUUCAUUCACCCAAUGGGGAAGGAUCAGAACUUCCCAACGUGGAUGAUAUUUGGCUCGGUGAUCCCAGCCUUGCUCCUGUUCAUCCUCAUCUUCAUGGAGACAAACAUUACUACUCUCAUCGUCAGCAAGAAGGAACGGCGGCUGGUGAAGGGCUCGGGAUUCCACCUUGACCUGCUGCUCAUUGGCGUGGCGGGUGGCAUCUGUGGCAUCUUUGGGCUCCCGUGGCAGACGGGCGCCACUGUGCGGACCAUCGCCCAUGUCAAUGCCCUGACGGUAAUGAGCAAGAGCACCGCGCCAGGAGAGACACCAAAGAUCGAGGAGGUGAAGGAGCAACGUAUCACUGGAAUCUCGGUGGCAUUACUCGUGGGUCUCUCCGUGGUCAUGAGUAAGAUUCUCCAGUUGAUUCCGAUGCCGGUUUUGUUUGGAAUCUUCCUGUACAUGGGCGUGACAUCGCUAACAGGAAUCCAGCUGUAUGAACGCCUGCUGCUGAUGUUCAUCCCAUCCAAGCACCACCCAGAUCACGUCUACGUGACAAAAGUGAGGACUUGGAAGAUGAACUUGUUCACGUUCAUCCAGCUGACCUGCAUCAUCAUUCUCUGGGUCAUCAAAUCCACUAUCAUCUCCCUGGCAUUCCCGUUUUUCCUGAUCUUGACAGUGCCCACGCGGCGCUACCUACUGCCGAAGUUUUUCAAGCAGGUGGAACUGAUGGCGCUGGAUUCUGAAGAAACACAUCCAAACCUCGAUGAAGAUGGACAAGAUGAAUACACUCCCCAUGCAGGUCCUAUAUCGAUGCUGUCUGAUGCCAAUACCAUUCAACAGACAGGCAGAAGACAGGCACGCACCACUGAGUCACGAAGAUGGGUACAUCCAGAACAUGGGAGCUCCAUGGAGUUUAUACAGAUGAAUUUUUCCCCUCUGUUUGACCAGAUAGCUGUUGAAGCUGCCAGGUUAUCACUCUACAACAAGAGACGCACCAUCACUAGCCAAGAAGUUCAGAGUGCUCUGUGUCAUGUACUCUCUGGAGGACUUGCUAUUAAAUAG